CUUCCGGUGUUGGCCAGCCCGAAGAGUCACUUCUAACUAUGGCUACAAGAGGAUAAGACAUACGGAUACAACGCUCUACGAGUCUUCGUACUUUUUUCAAACACUUGUUUAAUUUUUCUGGAAGAGGUUCUCUCAGCGAUGCAGAUGAAGUAAAUAGACGGUAAACAAACGUGAGAGGUUUGUGCUGUGGGGGGGACAGCCCCUGGAGAUUGAGCUCACACGUCCUCGGAUCGGAAUUGAGACGGCUAGGAACACCAGCUGAUUAGAAACGGAAACAUUCUUAACCAUCUCCUGUGUUUCUAAUUAAAUUUGAAGUUUACCUCUGAAUUUCUAUACUAGCCUGUGGUAAGCAUAUGGCACCAAAGAUGGAGGGACUAAGCAGUGAAAGCGGAGAUGAUUCUAGCACUGGGAGGUCAAGCUCUCGUCGUUUGGUCAAGAAUACUGAAGAAUAUCGAAAGCGCCGUGAACGUAACAAUUUGGCAGUCAAGAAAUCCCGUCUAAAAACAAAGAUGAAGACUCAGCAAAUGAUGGAUCGAGUAACUCAGUUGAAAACCGAAAAUGAUGAAUUAGAGGAAAACAUAAAGAUCCUUACAAAGGAGUUGAGCAUUCUGAAGGACAUGUUUGUUGCACAUGCAGGUCAUGCUCAUGGUGUUAAACUGAAUGAUGCAGAUUUAGUGAAGAUGCUGUGUGAAGACUCUGAUGUUGAUGAGGGCGUGUCACUUUUGAUGAGCCUUUCCCAGGGUCCCCCCCUGUAACUGAAAUUUCACAGAGCAUAACCAAGUUAAUGACAAUACGUUAAGUCCUUCAAGGACUUCACUUUUAGGAUAUGAAUACAUUCAGUGCAUAACAGUACACUUUGGCUACCAGUAAAAUCAGUAAGCAUCUCGUAACGUACUUAGCCAUAACCAUCUGCAGAAGAUUUUUGCUAAAUGAUUCCCAUAACGAUAUUAAUGUUUCCUGUGGAAACUUCAUUUACUGGUAUCCUUGUGUAGUGUAGAAUUGCACAUAAAUCUCAAACCAUUGACGUUUCAUGUCCUUUUGCACUUAAGUGUGUAUAAGGUAUGGGAAUAUAGGCUUGAUUAAAUGUUAGUGGGUUGAAAGUGUCAUUAAAAGUUUUCUGUUGGUAUCUACUGUGUAGUUACUGUGAUACCAACCAAUUUAGGGGAUAACAUUUUUCUUCUACUAUUAUAGUAUAUUCUCUCGUAAAAAAUUGUGUGGAUGCAGAAAAUUUAUUCCUUCUACAGAACAGUUAGAAGUGGUCCUUAUCUAGGAUAAUGUUGAAAAGAAAUUACUGUAAGACUUCUUAAAAUAUUUGUUACCGGCAGAUUACAACUAUAGCCAGUGCCAAAAUGCUUAAUUUCAAGUUUUGAGAAUGCAUGUUAUAAUUAUAAUAGCUUUGAAUUUCAUUAACUUUUGAAUAUUAGAAUAGUAUAAAAAAUAAUCUAAACACUUCUACCUCUCCUGAGGAUUAUGGUGAAAUAUUACCUGGACCAUUUACCAUUUUUGUUGUUUCAUAGACCAUUAUGAAAAUGUUCAUUGGAGGCAAAAAGGAAAAAAGAAAGAAAAAAAAAAGGAAAUUUUCUGCAUAGCAGCAGCUUACUAGUCAAGUGAAUUUGAAGUAUGAACUAAUACGAAUGUGCUUUAAUUUGGAGUCUUUCUCUCCCUCAACUCCUCCUUUCUUUGGGUGACAAUCUUACAUUAUGCCAUGCUGAAUGAGUGCAGUUGUAUACAAUAGUGAUAUUGUCUUUAUUCUAAGUACUAUAUUUUUUCCAGUAUACACUAUUAUUCUCGUACAUUGUGAUAAAUUCCAAGGCAAUUGCAUGAAGAGGUUCAUUUUAUGAUUUGCAUCUGUAGAUUAAAACCCUGUUAAUGUGUGGUAAUGUCAUGUAUGUUUUGUUCACAUUGUCUACAUAUUGGGUUUUAGGUAAUGCAUAUGGACGUUUUCCAUAUUGUCUGCAAAUAAGGUUUUAUUUUCUUUUCUAAGAAACAAUAAUUUUGUCACCUGUAAAAUAGGAUUUUUAUACUCUUAGCAAAUAGUCCUAAGAUAUAUCAUUCUUCCAUACUAAAAGGAGAAAGUGUCAGGACUUUGACUAGUGUUACCUUAAAUAUUGUCUACAGUACAAAUUAAAAAACACUUUCAGAUAA